AUGGCGAACUGCCCGGGAAAACGAAGUCUAUGUCAUCGAUUGCGCCCGGUGCUGUCGAAACCCUCCCGGGUGGCGUCGCGAGUUGCUCCGCGAUCAGGCUUCUCCACCACCGUCCAGCGACCCUUGAUGGAGCUGGCUGGGUUCUCUGAGGAGCAAUUGAUGGUACGCGAUGCAAUCUCGGCAAUUUGUGCCAAAUUCCCCAACACAUACUGGCAAGAAUGCGACCAGCAAGAGCGAGAUCCGAAGGAACUCCAUGCCGCAUUGGCGAAAGACGGGUGGCUAGGAAUUGCGCUCCCUGAAGAACAUGGAGGAGCGGGACUAGGAAUCUCGGAAGCUACCAUGAUGAUGCAGACCAUCACCCAGUCCGGUGCUGGUAUGGCCGGGGCGCAGUCCAUCCACGCCAAUGUGUAUGCCACCCAACCAUUGGCCAAGUUUGGCACCAAAGAGCAGCUCGAAGAGACCAUUCCGAAGAUCAUCAAUGGCACCUGGCGAACCUGCUUCGGAGUCACGGAGCCUAACACGGGCUUGGAGACGCUGAAGCUCAAGACUCUCGCCCUGAAGCACGCGGACCGAGACGGCUACUCGGUGACCGGACAGAAGAUCUGGAUCACCUGUGCACAAGUAGCAUCCAAAAUGAUCCUGCUAGCGCGGACGACCCCGCUGGAGGAGGUCCAGAAAUCCAACCAAGGUCUAUCGAUGUUCUGCAUCGACAUCGACCGAAGCAACCCCGGGUUAGACAUGCGCAAGAUCAAGAAGAUGGGCGGUCGCGCAGUGGACGCCAACGAGGUCUUCUUCGACAACUACGAUAUCCCCUCGACCAGCCUGAUUGGGCAAGAAAACGACGGUUUCAAGAUCAUCCUGCACGGCAUGAACGCGGAGCGGUGCUUGCUUGCCGGCGAGGCCCUGGGUCUGGGAUACGCAGCGUUGGAACGGGCGGCACAUUAUGCCAGCGAGCGCGUGGUGUUCGGACGACCGAUCGGACAGAACCAAGGCAUUGCGCACCCGCUGGCAGACGCGUACAUGCAGCUCGAGGCCGCUAAGCUCGCGACGUACCACGCCGCCCGGCUGUACGAUGCUUCGAAGACAGACGAGUCGAUCCCCUUCCACUCUGUUGGUGUGGCUUGCAACAGUGCGAAGUAUCUGGCAGCGGAGGCUGCAUUCAAGGCAUGUGAGCGCGCGGUCCUCAGUCACGGUGGCAUGGGAUACGCGAUGGAGUAUGACGUGGAGCGAUAUCUCAGAGAGUGUCUGGUGCCGCGGAUUGCGCCUGUGAGUCGUGAGAUGAUUCUCAACUACGUCAGCGAAAAGGUGCUCCAGCUGCCGCGCAGCUAUUGA